UCCCGAGGAGGUGACCCGGCCAUGCUGAUCAGCCGCCGGCUGCGGCGCCUGCUGCGGUUGGUGCCCGGCCGGGAGCGGUUCGGCGCGUACCGCCUGCUGCCCUUCUUCUUCGUCCUCGGCGGGGCCAUGGAAUGGUUCAUGAUCAACGUCCGCAUCGGCAAGGAGACGUUCUAUGACGUUUACCGAAGGAAGCGAUCUGAAAGACAGUACAAGGCGAGGAUGGAAAAGAGCGAAUCUUAGCUGAAGGCUCCAAGGGACGCAUCUCAGUGUCUGCACUUUGUGCGAUAGAAGCACUGCUGCGAUGUGCUGGGCGGGAGGGGUCUGUGCGCGAGGAGCUGCCGGCUGGCACUCGGUGGUGUUUGUUAGCAGGUUGUGCUGCACUCUUUUGUAUUUAACCGAAUUCAUCGGGUUUCAGCCUUUGCCAUCUAUUGAAUGUUGGUUGGUACUUCUAAAUAAACUGCAAUGAGUGCACA